AUGUUUGUCCCUUUAUUCCUUAUUACGUUAUUUGCAAUAUUGCAAAUUAUUACAGCUUCCGUCACAGAGGUUGAUGAUACUAAUUUUGAAAAUCAGGUCUUCGGCAAUCCUGGAACAUACUCAUUGGUCUAUUUCAAUUCACCUUAUUGUUCUUACUGUCGCCAGUUUGAUCCGGAAUUUGAGCCACUAGGUGAUCUUUACAGAGGAACUAGGUUAAAUGUAUUUAAGAUAGAUGGUUUACAUAAUAAAAGAAUUAGAGCAAAAUACAAACUUAUUGGAUUUCCAGUGGUGAAACUCUUUUCAUCAGAUGGUACGCAGGUUGGGUUUUACAAUGGAAAAAGACGGACACCAGAGAUUAUGGACUAUAUAUUCGAAGCUACAGGUGCCGUCGCAAAUAAACUACCAAGCUAUGUCAACCGCCUUGAUAACUAUGAAGGGAAUACGGAGGAUAUGAAAUUGAAUAUUUUCAAUCGUCAAGAUCGUGAUAUUUUUGUGGCAUUCUUCCAGCCGUGGGAUAAGAAACUUGGAAACCCGUACAACUCAUAUUUUGAACGUCUUGCCAAAUAUUACGGUGAGAAAGAACAUGAGCCGAGAACAGAAUUCUAUGGUAUCGAUGUGACGGAUAGUAAAUCCACUGAAUUGAUGAGUAAGUUUGAAGUUGGGCAGUUUCCUGUGAUUUUUUAUCUUCCUAAGGGACGCUCGGCAGAUGAAAAAUACACGGUUUAUAAACUUCCGGAAAAUCCUGACUCAAAAAUGAUCAUUGAUAUACUUUCAGGUAAAGAUAUUGGUCAGAAGCCUGUCAAUUUGGAGGAAAUGGAGCGUAACAUUGCCAAGGUAAUCCAGAAACUUCAAAUUGAGGAUAUAACCGAGGAGGAAGAAGAUGAUGAUGAUGAUGAUGAUUAUGCUGUGUAUAGAGAUUUAUAA